AUGAGUGUUGUUUCACUUGUUGGGAACAGUGAGCUAUGUGGUGGUAUUCCAGAGUUCAAAAUGCCAAAGUGCAGCAACAAAGUAGCGUCAAAAAGACACAGGUUAUCUCAUAGAUUGAUAAUAGUAAUGCUGGUUAUUGGAGGAUUAUUGGCAGCAACAACAGUGGCCCUUUUUAUUUUCUUGUGUGCUAGAAGAAAAAAGAGGUCCACUUCAUCAGAGAAUUCAUCGUUGGAUGUGAUCCCAAGAGUGACUUAUAAUAGUCUUCACAAAGAAACUAAUGGCUUCUCUAUGUCAAACAUGAUUGGUUCGGGUGCACUUAGCUUCGUAUACAGAGGCAUUCUUGAGGAAAAUGGAAAAUUUGUUUUUAUAAAAGUGCUCAAACUCCAAGUUACGGGAGCUUCUAAGAGCUUUCUUACUGAAUGUGAAGCACUAAGACAUAUCAAGCAUAGAAACCUGGUAAAACUCUUAACAUCAUGUUCAAGUAUCGAUUACCAAGGUAAUGACUUCAAGGCUCUCGUUUAUGAGUACAUGGCCAAUGGUAAUUUGGCAAAUUGGUUGCACAAUAGAAGUACAGAAGGUGAAGAAAAUCAUGAGCCUAAAACUUGGAACAUACUACAGAGACUCAAUGUAAUAAUUGAUGUGGCUUCUGCAUUAGAUUACCUUCAUCAUCAAUCUGGAACUCCAUUGACACACUGCGAUAUCAAACCAAAUAAUGUGCUUUUGGAUGAAGAUUUUGUGGCUCAUUUAGGUGACUUUGGACUAGCAAGGUUUCUGCCUGAUGCUGCAAAGCUGCUCUCCUUAAGCCAAUCAGCCAGCUCUCUCAAUAUAAGAGGAACUAUUGGAUAUGUUCCACCUGGUAAUUAA